UUUAUAGCAAGUUUUACAAGAUUGAAACAAGUUGAGUAAUUUAGGAUCCAAAAAGUUCCAUAAAAGAUUACAUAAUUGUGCAUCAAUUCGAGUCCACUUAGUCUUCUCACUAGUGCCAAUUUCACUAGCAUUUUUUACUAAGUGAUCCUCAUAUCCCUGUCCCAGGAACCACAUAUCAACUGAAGAAGACCACGGUGAGUAAUUAUUACCACCUUGUAAUUUAACAGUAGUAAUAGUGGAAGGAUUUGAAAUUGAAGAGAAAAAUGGUUUGACUUCUUCUGUUGUGGAUGCCUCACCUGUCUGUGAAGAAUUAUCUUCCGUCGACAUUUUGAGAUUCUAAUUCCGGAAAGAUCAAAUAGGUAAAAAUAAUAUGUUGCAAAUAGCUUCCACUAGAAUCCAGAAUAAGCCAAAGUAAUGGUUUGAUGUAGAGGAAAAACGGAUAUCAAUAGUGAACUUUGUGAAAAAAGCAAUAAAUAGGUGGGACAAAAUAAAGAGGUGGGACAAUAAAGUGGACUUGAAUUAGCUUUAACGAAAAGCUUAUCAUAAACCCAAUUACUUUGCUCCUCUCUCAAAAUACAAGACCCAACAACUCUUAUUCCUAUAUCAUUACAACUUCAAUAACAACAACAAGAAGCAAAAGUAGAGAAAUUUCUUACUGUGUUGCAAAAAUGGCAAGAUUAUUGCCUUUGUUUCUGAACUCAAGAUUGUGGAAACAAGAUCUGGCCGGGAAAGGAGACUACUAAUGAAGUCAGGGGUCAGAGGGUAACAAGAUCUGACCCGGAGUAGUGACUGCCGGAAAAAGCAGCCGAAGAGGCUCUACCGAGAUCGUAGAGGCUCUGAUACCAUGUGAAUGAUGUGCAUAAACCCGGUGAAGGCUUUCUUCUGAGUCUCUUCGCAACAAUUCUUUCACCUUUGAGGUGGGCCUUCUCAAAAUUUGUCGAAAGCCAUAUAAAACACAAACUGGGGCUUGCAAAAUAUGGAAUGGUGCCGGAUCAUAGUUUCCUAAAAGAAUUGAGUUCAUGUUCAGUUUCUAAACUGCCAGAGGGCUUCUACGACAGGGUUGAGGAAGGAAGUAUCAAGCUCAUCAAGAAUAAAGCAGAGAAUUUUGGAUCCUCUAAAGAAGGUAUCUUGCUCGAGGGUCAGGCUGAACCAAUAAAAUCCAACUUAGUCAUACUCGCUACUGGCUUCAAUGGAAUUGAUAAGCUCAAACACAUUUUUGAAUCACCAAAAUUUCAGGAAUUCUUAGCCGACUCAGAUGAAUAUUCUGCACUUCUCCUCUACAGGGAAUGCAUUCAUCCCCGAAUACCACAACUGGCAAUAAUUGGAUACUCAGAAAGCGUAUCAAAUCUAUACACCUCGGAAAUAAAGUGUCGUUGGCUGGCAGAGCUUCUCGACGAAAAAUUUAAGGUACCUAACAUUAAGAUAAUGGAGAAAGACAUAGCAGAGAUACUCAUAUAUGAACAACUACAAGAGAUCAUGCAUCGCUGCGUUGCAUAUUUGGUACAAUGACCAAUUGUGCAGAGACAUGGGAUGGAAUCCAAAAAGGAAAAAGGGUCUUUUAGCUGAGUGGUUCGAUCCUUAUGGACCAAUGGAUUACGCCGGCUUACAUUCGUAUAUCAGGGCCUCCUCUCCCAGUUUCAGAGAGGUCUCCUUUUUUCUGUUCUCGUUUGUAUUCAAAAUCCUACUGUACUUUUCUUCUUUUCCUUCGUGUUGAUGCCCGGGUACACUCUUUUAUCAUUGCCUUCACAAAAUAAGCUUGUGAUCGAUCCAUCUUUGAAAACCCUUAAUUUAGUAGCUUGACGGUCAUACUGGCUCAGCUUUAUGAAUCUCUACUGAAUGAUAAUUAAUACGUAGUUUGAGUUAUCAUAUGAAAAGUCACCUGUGAGGUUUCACUAUAACAAUUUUGGGAUGAUCAUUGAGGGUUAGCAUAGACAUCAAAACAUUAAAAAAGUUGCGACACUUUUCGUCUAAAUUCCUUUGAAGU